GGAAAUCACGAUCACCGUGGAAACAUAUCAGCCCAGAUCGCCUACUCUAACAGAUCUGAAAGAUGGAUCUACCCCGACCUCUACUACGAGCUGAACUUCAAGAUUCCUCACAGCAACACUUCCAUCACGGUUCUGAUGAUUGACACGGUGGUUCUGUGUGGGAACACCUAUGACGGGCUUGACCCUGUAGGUCCGGAGAACUACGCUGCUGCUAAACGACAUCUGAAAUGGAUCGAGAAGAAACUUCAAAACGCCAAGUGAGUUAUUAGUACGACAGUAGCUACAUAAAAGCCAAAUGCAAACAGUCUGCCCAAAAUCUAAUAGAAGAACAAACAACAUUGAAAUCCAGUGUGGAUAAUCACAGGGUGUGUUUUGCUUUUACUGGGCAAACAUUA